CUUGCUUGCCCAACCUGAGUAUUCUGUGGUGCUACGGAGUCUGGUGCAACGGAAUAGUCAAAGCAAAUAGAAGAAAAGCAUUGCUCAAAAUAAAAUUUUUUAAAAAGUAUAUUCAAAAAUUGGUCGAAAUUUGUCGUCAUAGCAACAUAUACAGUCCUAAACUGAAGGAUACCGUGGAAAAUGUCCGGUAUAGCAGCGACACGCUUAGCGGAAGAAAGGAAAGCAUGGAGAAAAGAUCACCCUUUCGGUUUCGUGGCCCGCCCUUCGAAAAAUCUAGACGGCUCCUUGAAUUUAAUGAACUGGGAGUGUUCGAUCCCUGGCAAGAAGGGAACCCCUUGGGAAGAGGGACAUUACAAAUUGCGUAUGCUCUUCAAGGAAGACUACCCUACCAGUCCCCCAAAGUGCAAAUUUGAACCGCCCCUGUUCCAUCCCAAUGUGUACCCGUCAGGCACCGUUUGUUUGUCUUUAUUGGACGAGGAUAAGGAUUGGCGUCCCGCCAUUACCAUCAAGCAAAUUUUACUGGGUAUCCAAGAUUUACUGAACGAGCCAAACGUCAAGGACCCAGCGCAGGCCGAGGCCUACACCAUCUACUGCCAGAAUCGUUUAGAGUACGAGAAAAGGGUAAGGGCGCAGGCGCGCGCGAUGAGUCACCAGGAGGGUUGAGGAUUCAUCGAAAAAAAAAAGAAAAAAGAAGACUUGUAGGGUUAGGAUUUUGUAAGGAUCGGAGCGACCGCGACAUCAUUCUCGUAUUUCUAAGAUGUUUUUAUAAAUUAUCAUCAUUUAUUUGGUUUUUUAGCGUUUCAGUGUACUUAUUGUUUCUUCAUGUCAAUAAACUACUUUCUCUAUA